AUAUUAAUGAAUGUGACACUGUUGAUCACAAUUGUACACAAACUUGCAGUAAUACACUUGGAUCAUACACCUGUUCUUGUAGAGCUGGAUAUAAAGAUAAUGGAUAUGGAAACUGUACUGAUAUUGAUGAAUGUUCAAUGGGUACCAGUGGCUGUCAACAACUCUGUUUUAACACUAAUGGAAGCUAUUACUGUCAAUGUAAUACUGGAUACAAAUUAAUGAAUGAUAAUUCAUCUUGUGAUGAUAUUAAUGAAUGCAUUGAGGAUCCUGGAGUAUGUCCUUUAAGAAGUAACUGUAUUAAUACAUUAGGGAGCUAUCAGUGUAACUGUAUUGGUGGAUAUCAAAUGAAUAAUGCUGGAAUUUGUAUAGAUAUCGAUGAAUGU